AUGCUGCUCCGAGAAGGAUUUGCUCUGCUUACCCUCUGCUGUGUUUUCAGGGCUUCUCUGGCUGCGCUGGAUGAAGAGGAUGACUAUGACCUCAUGUACGUCAAUCUGGAUAAUGAAAUUGAAGGUCCGGUUCAGGGCCCCGAGGAAACCGCUGCCUGUGACUGCCAGCAGGAGCACACCAAGUGGGACAAGCUCUUCACCAUGCUUGAGAACUCCCAGAUGAAGGAGAACAUGAUGCUGCAGGCAGUGGAGGAGAUCCUGAAGGUGGACUUGCAGAUGCUGAAGGCAGAGCUGAGCCAGCUCACCACCAGCCUCACCAACACCUUUGCCACCACGCUGGAGGAAGUCACCUCCCACCUCUCGUUCCAGGUGGAGCAGGUGCUGGUGAGGAGCAGUAGCCAAGCUGAAGAAGCCAAGAGGCUUCAAGAGGCUGAGCAAGGAAAGGUUCUUGAACACAUUCUGCUGCUGAGCCACAAUGUGUCCAGCAGGCUUGGCCAUCUGGAGAGCAUUUGGCUGGGGAGAUCUGAGGUGGAAGCUCAGGAGACAGCCUUGCAGCAGGAUAAAUUCAGCCCCACUGGAGCAGACAAUCUCGUUUUGAACUCCCUGUGGAAAGAGCUACAGCAAACCAGAGCUGAACUGAAGACAUCACAGCAAUGGGCAGCUCAGCACCUCCUGCCAGCAGGGUGUGAAACAGCAAUUCUCUUUCCCAUGCGUUCCAAAAAGAUCUUUGGGAGCGUUCACCCAGCCUCUGGGAUAACCUUUUCCUCCUUCACUGCUUGCAUUUGGAUCAAGGUGACUGAAGCUCUGGACAAAACUGUUGUCUUCUCCUACGGAACCAAGUUCAACCCCUACGAGAUGCAGCUCUACCUCAGCAGAGACUCUGCAGUGCUCCUGGUAGGUGGGAGCCAGCACAAGCUGACUGUUAGAGGUGUGGUUGUUCCUGGCAGAUGGCUCCAUCUCUGUGGUUCCUGGAGCUCAGAGAAUGGAUCUGCAGCCCUGUGGGUGAAGGGAGAGCUCCUGGCCACCGCCUUGGACCUUGCUGCUGGUCACACCGUUCCAGAGGGAGGGAUUUUGCAGCUAGGUCAAGAAAAGAAUGGCUGCUGUGUUGGAGGUGGUUUUGAUGAAGCUUUGGCCUUCUCUGGCAAACUAACUGCCUUCAACCUGUGGGACAGAGUGCUCAGUGCCAAGGAGAUAGCAGCCCAGAGCAGGGAGGACACCUGCAGUACCAGGGGCAAUGUCGUCGGCUGGGGAGUCACAGAGGUUCUGCUGCAUGGAGGGGCUCAGUAUAUCUCUUAA